UGCCCUGCGUGCGGUAGUCCUGAUCACUGGAUAUAUGACUGUCCUGACAGGAGUCACGCCAAACUAAAACACCCCUGCCACCUGUGCGGUAGUCCGGAUCAUUGGGCUCUCGAUUGCACUGCGCCCGCAGAGGUGCAAGACGCUUACCGCAAGAAAUGUGUCGUUUGUGGGCAGAGAGGGCACACCGCGCGCGAUUGC